AUGGAAAACGAAACCUGGGAAGAAAUUUUCGAAUGGGAAGUCGAAGAAGAUCUCGACUUGGCAGGUCGUCUCACAAUCAGAUCAAUCAGUAUCAACACCGAUAAUAAUAAUAACAGUGACAUCUUUAAUCCUGAAUUUUCAUUCUCUUCCUCGUCAUCAGAAGAAAGCGAAGAUGAAAUUUAUGAAUUUAUCGAGACUUACAAACGACCAACUUAUGCAAAUAUUUUAAAAGGAUUUCCAGUGACAUCAAACACCAAAAAUUUAUUACCACCACAAUUUACAACUUCAUACCCACGCAAAGCUUUGAAUAACGAAACUAAUAAUAAUCAAUUCACUACAACAACAUCAAGAACUGUUAACUACCCAAAAACUGAACUCUCCUCAUCAAACGAGUCAAUCUACGAUAAUGAGAAGGAAAAAUAUCGAAUACAACGUCGUCGAGAACGAAAAGAAAUUGCAAAAAUACAUGACCGACGGCUUUACGGACAACUUUUGACUGCUGAGGAAAUUGAUAAAAAAUACGUUAAUUUGAAAGCUUGUCGCAAGGCAAUGAAAUUCAGGAAAAAAUCAAAAGACAAGUAA